AUGUUGUGGAUUAGAUGUGGUAAAGGGAGAGAGUUGGGUACGGAAGAAGAUACGGAAGAGUUAAACAAAGGUUGGGAUAUCUGGGCAGUAGCCCACUUACCACUACCUACCCCGCUCGAUGCAUUUGGCAGCGCGGUCUUGAUUAUUCUGCGUGACGACCGAUGCAUUAUGGAAUUAUUUUGUGUUUGUGUAUGUAUUGGAGAAGUGGUUAGUAACCUGGAGCUUGGAGAUGACAUGGUUCACUUGUUCCAGCUUUCGGAACAUUUACUGACCAUGCUUGAACAAGUCAUCGACUAUGUGAACGAUGUUUUGAAUAACAAACGCCCAGCGGACCCGAACAUCGGACGUGCUAUUGCACAGCUGGUCUUCUCCAUUCCGAAAUUGAAUCCCGCACAUCUAGAGUCGUUAAUCAAUUCGAGCUACAAGGAUUUACUUAUGAUCACCUAUUUGACCAAUCUGAUUCGCACGCACUUGAAGUUGCUUAAUUUGUCCUUGUAA